AUGCCCGGCAGCUCCCGGAUUCCCGCCAGCUUGCGCGAGGGCUUGAACCAAGUCAAGCGCAGUAGGCAAGCAGCUCCGCUCCUGGUCCUGAACCUCGACUUACUGCGCAACGUCAUCUUCUUCCUCUUCGUCUGGCGAUGGACGCGCAAGGCCUUCCUCAAGCUCAAGGGCCGCGGCCUGAUCGGCAGCAUCGUCGAGCUCUACAUUGAUAUCCGCAGGGUUCUGUACGGCUACUUCCUGCGCGCCCCCGGCGUGCGCGGCACGGUCCAGAAGCAGAUCAACGAGUCCAUGUCGAAACUGCAGGCCAAGAUGAUCCCCACGAACCUUACUCGAUACCUCACCCUUCCGAAGGACGGCAUGUCCGAAGACGAUGUCCGGAGGGAGCUUGAUACCCUGGCGAACAUGGACCACACGAGAUGGGAGGACGGUUUUGUCUCCGGCGCCGUCUACCACGGCGAGGACGAACUGAUCAAGCUUCAAACCGAGGCUUUCGGCAAGUUCACCGUUGCCAACCCCAUUCACCCCGACGUCUUCCCCGGUGUACGAAAAAUGGAGGCCGAGAUUGUCUCCAUGGUGCUCAGCAUGUUCAACGCCCCUGCCGGCGGUGCCGGUGCCACCACCAGCGGUGGUACCGACAGUAUCCUGAUGGCCUGCCUCAGCGCGCGUCAGAGGGGAUACCACGAGAAGGGUAUCACUGAGCCGGAAAUGAUUCUGCCCGAAACCGCCCACACCGCAUUCCGCAAGGCCGGUGACUACUUCAAGAUCAAGAUUCACUACGUCGCAUGCCCUGCACCCAGCUACCAGGUUGAUGUCCGCGCUGUCUCCCGCCUGAUCAACAGCAACACCGUCCUGUUGGUUGGCUCCGCCCCGAACUUUCCCCAUGGUAUCAUCGAUGACAUCAGCGCUCUGUCCAAGCUGGCCGUCAAGAAGAAGCUGUGCCUCCACGUGGACUGCUGCCUCGGUUCCUUCAUGGUGCCUUUCUUGGACAAGGCUGGCUUUGAGACCGAGUUGUUCGAUUUCCGUCUGAAGGGCGUUACGAGCAUCAGCUGCGACACCCACAAGUACGGAUUCGCGCCCAAGGGCAACUCUACUGUCUUGUACAGAUCUGCGGAGCUCCGCAAGUACCAGUACUACGUGUCGCCGGAUUGGUCUGGUGGUGUGUACGGUUCUCCCGGCAUGGCCGGUUCGCGUCCAGGCGCUCUGAUUGCCGGCUGCUGGGCUAGCUUGAUGAAGGUCGGUGAGGCCGGCUACGUCGAUGCUUGUGUCAAGAUCGUCGGCACUGCAAAGAAGAUUGCUGAGAGGAUUCGCGAGACACCGGCCCUGGACCACGAGCUGGAGAUCUUGGGCAAGCCGCUUGUUUCGGUCGUUGCUUUCACGGCCAAGAACCUCGACAUCUACGACAUUGCCGAUGGCAUGUCAGAGAAGGGCUGGCACUUGAACGCUCUCCAGAGCCCUCCUGCCAUCCACAUCGCUGUUACUCUCCCGAUCACCAAGGUUUUCGACAAGUUGAUGAUGGAUUUGGAGGCUGUUGUCGAGGCCGAGAAGGAGAAGGAGAGAGUCCGUAUCGUUGAGGGCAAGGGGGCUAAGGGCAAGGCUGUCGGCGACUCGGCUGCUUUGUAUGGUGUUGCGGGAUCCUUGCCGAACAAGAGUGUGGUGGUUGAUUUGGCCAACGGUUUCUUGGACCUGUUGUACAAGGCGUAA